UGUCUGUCUGUCUGUCUGGGCCAGUAAAAAGUUUAGGAUCUCAGAGGUUAAUAGUGAAUUAACCCUCUACCCCCUGACUGUAUUCACAGUCUGAGCGAUCCUUUACCGUGCACCCGUGCGUGCGUCACUGCGUCACGCCUGAAACCCCGCCCCCCGUGUGCUUAUGUUUUGACGUCCUCGCAUCAGCACCAUCUCGCGCAUCCUUUCCUCCGGAGGCGGAGGCGGAGGUGGGAGUUUUUCUCCAUCUCUCUCUCUCUCUCUCUCUCUCUCUCUCUAUUUCUCCGUCCAGCUGAGCGCGCAGCCUGAUUCCGUUCUCUGCCUCGGCGCGCUCUCCGGUCCGGCAGCAUGUCGAGCCUGUUGGAGGACCCUCUCCAGGCGGUGCUCUAUCUCAAGGAGUUGACGACUAUCGUGCAGAACCAGCAGGGCCUCAUUCAGACCCAGCGGCAUCGCAUCGACACGCUCGAGCGCAAGUUGAAGGAGCUGGCUGGAGAAAACCGGCGACUCCACGACGCCACACACCGGCACCCUUCGCGGCCUCAUCCGCCCCCUCGCACAUCCUCCGCUUUGGCCAGCAGGGACGGGACGCCCUCUCCUCUGCGGACACCGGCUCCUCAAACCGAGCGCCACUCACCACAAGACAUGCAGCUGGUACCAGCUGUGCCCAGCUGUGCAAGCAUGGACUCGUCAAAGGAGGACGCGGACGCAGACACGCGCUGCCGGUCCCUGGUGCCCCAGAUGUCCACCGCGCUUUGUCGGACCGGCCCAAGGAAUUCCGAAAGCCAGACUGUCCUGCACCAGUUUUGCUGCCCCGCCCCUGAAGCCCCUGAAGCUCCUGAAGGCGAUCCCAUUGGCUGCUCAAGUUCAGUCCAUCCGGUUGAAGGAGAGGAUGAGAAAGACCAGAAGGACGCUGCUCAGUUGAGCCCUACAUCCUGUUCACACACGCCGGACUAUAAGCUCUCUCCUGAUCUCAAACAAAAACAGAUCGAGGAUUUGGAGCAGAAGUACGGUGGUGCACUGAUCUCCCGCCGCGCUGCCUGUAAGAUCCAGACAGCGUUCCGUCAGUACCAGCUCAGCAAGAACUUCCAGAAGAUACGUAACUCGGUUCUGGAGAGCGGCAUUCCGCGACGCAUGUCUGUGCGCAGGGUGCGGGUGCAGAGAGACGGCUUCUCUGCUGAGCGUGCGCUGAUGGAGGGUUGCUCUCUCAUGGGCAUCCCACUCACACACUCCAGCUCGCUGUCUACAGGUGCCACUAACACACUCACAAACCUGGAGGACACCUUCAGCGAACAGGUGCAGUCCUUAGCCCGCUCCAUAGAUGAGGCCUUGAGCAACUGGACUUCUGUCGGUGACGGGGAGGGGGCGAGGUCACCAGGGGUGACCACACCUCCUGGACCAGCCACAGAGGGGCUACUGAUGGACCAUACCACCCUUCAAGAGGCCACACAGAAAGCCUGUGCGGAAAACAUUCCUCGCAGCGCCAGCAAGCUCAUGAUGGCCUUCAGAGACGUGACAGUACAAAUCGACAACCACAACUUUCGCCUGUCCUCCUCUGUGCUCGAGUCCGUUUCCCUAGGCAACGGCAUCUCCAAGGAGACUCCCACAGAGCCUCAAGCAAGGGUGCAGAGUGGGGGUCAAUCAGAAUCGUCCACCACGGCGGAGUCUGAGUUCCCAGCCCCGCCCCCUAGUGAGGAGAUAGCGCUGGAUCAGCGGCCAACUGGUAAUGAAGCAGAAUCUGCACAGUCAGCCUGGGAGAAGCCGCUGACUAAUCAGAGUGCGUCAGAGAACAGCUCCGAGCCAAUCAGCAGCAGCAGCACAUCCACCUCGGCGUGCGAGAACAUGAUCAUGUCCUUACCGCGUGCACACUGCCCAGACACGCACUGUGGGACACUCUCCACAGACGUAGCACGCAAGCGUCUAUACCGCAUCGGACUCAACCUGUUUAACAUAAACCCAGACAAAGGCGUCCAGUUCCUGAUCUCACGAGGGUUCAUCCCUGAUACAGCCAUAGGCGUGGCUCACUUCCUGCUGCAGAGGAAGGGCUUAAGCCGGCAGAUGAUUGGAGAGUUCCUGGGCAACAGCAAGAGACAGUUCAACAGAGAUGUUCUUGACUGUGUAGUGGAUGAGAUGGACUUCUCCUUGCUGGAGCUGGACGAGGCUCUCCGGAAGUUUCAGGCUCAUGUGCGUGUACAGGGAGAGGCUCAGAAGGUGGAGAGGCUCAUCGAGGCGUUCAGUCAGAGGUACUGUAUGUGUAACCCUGAUGUGGUUCAGCAGUUCCACAACCCCGACACCAUCUUCAUCCUGGCCUUCGCCAUCGUCCUGCUCAACACCGACAUGUACAGCCCUAACAUCAAACCCGAGCGCAAGAUGCUCCUCGAGGACUUUAUACGCAACCUCCGAGGGGUUGACGACGGAGCUGAUAUUCCGCGGGAGAUGGUGGCUGGCAUUUAUGAGCGCAUCCAACAGCGCGAGCUCCGCUCCAACGAGGACCAUGUGACGUACGUCACCAGGGUGGAGCAGAACAUUCAGGGAAUGAAGACAAUCCUGUCUGUACCACAUCGGAGGCUGGUGUGCUGCAGUCGUCUCUAUGAAGUCAGCGACGUGAACAAGCCACAGAAACAAGCGUCCCAUCAGAGAGAGGUGUUCCUCUUUAAUGACCUCAUCGUGAUACUGAAGCUGUGUCCCAAGAAGAAGAGUGCAGCGACAUAUGUCUUCUGUAAAGCCAUGGGUCUGCUGGGGAUGCAGUUCCACCUGUUUGAAAAUGAGUAUUACCCUCAUGGUAUUACCAUCUUGUCUCCGUUCUCGUCGGAGAAGAAGCAGGUGUUGAGUUUCUGCUCGCAGAAUUCUGAAGAGCUGCUGAAGUUUGUGGAGGAUCUGCGAGAGAGCAUCGCCGAGGUGGCUGAAAUGGAACAGAUCCGUAUCGAAUGGGAAUUAGAGAGGCAGCAGGCGGUAAGAACAACUGCUCAGAACAAUGGCAGCCAACUAGAGAUGCAUUCAAGACCAAUAUCUCCUGCAGGAGACCCUGAUUUUUACGACAAGACUGGAAGCAAUGCAGUCGAGAGACACCAGGCCCUCGGUGUUCUGUCUCCAGCCAAACACCUGCAUCCCAACCAGGUGUCAAUUCACAACAGGCUCCGAACGUACCAGGUCAGCACUCCGUCGGCUCCGCCCACUUCUCAGCCUCAGCUGGCCAUCAUGCCUAGCCCGGCUUCCAGCUCCACCCCCAGCUCUGCCCUUAACAUCUCCCCUGACACGCUCAUCCAGUGCCAGCAGAUCGUCAAGGUGAUCGUCGUGGACUCGGCAGGCCGCGGCCAUGUUGAGGCGUUCCUGAGCCAAAACCCCGGACAACGUUUAAUCCAGUCGGCUGUCUCCACUCCGACCCACUCGAGGGAGGGCAGGGCAAAGCAGCCGCCCCUGCCGCCUCCACCGCCUCCUUAUCAUCACAAACACCAGUUCUGCCCUCCAACUCCGCCCCCUCCGCAACACCUGCUCAGUCAGCGUAGGUAUUCAAGUGGGACACGCAGUCUAGUCUGAGCGUGCACACACACAUACACACUCACACAUUUAUAUUCAAGUGUCUCAGUUCCCAUUGUACCUUUUCUAUUCGAAACCAUAUGACCACAGACGGUAAUAUAUUCUUUUCUCCCUGACAAAACACACACAAACACACGCCCACACACACCUUUUGUACACUAACAUCUGCUCAGUCCUGUAUAAAUAAUCACGUCUCACAAUCGGGGCCUCGUGUCCUCUAAAUGAGUAUUUUAGAUACAGAGUAGCUAGUUUUGUCAGAUGUUCUUUUCCCUGUACUUUUAUCUCUUUAAGGGUUUAUAGAGCAAUUUCCACAGAGCUGCAACGUUAGCAUCAGACUUUCUUACGACCUUUCACGUACAGCGUGAUGAUGUUAGCAGUGUUGGUGUUAGUCCCAGGGUUCCGAUCUGUAAAAUAUGGCUUAGAUUAGAGUUACACAAGGGUGAACAUGUAUGUGCUCAUGAUCUAUAGUGUUUUAUUAAACAGGGUGUCCACAGGCUCUUAAAUGAACGCACUGACGAGUAAUACAUUCUUCAUAUUGAUAGGUAUACAUUUUACUCCGUUUUGGACUUGCAUUCACCCUGAAACCCAUCAUUUUGAAAAAUUCCCUGAAUAAAGGAUAAAACCUCAAAUAAAUACGGAAUAAAAUAUCAUUGUUUUGGUUAAUAGCAGUUUUGGUAGCACGCUUUUACAGUGGAACAGAGCUAUGUCCAAAUGUCUAGAGCUAUGUCCUAUGACCCUGUGGAGGAUAAGAGGUAUGGAAUAUGGAUGGAUGGAUGAAUAAAAUACUCCAUUUUUUUUUUCGUCAAUUCAGUGCACAAUCCUGUAAAGAAAGCGUGUCCACGGUUUGAAGGAUAAGCUGACCGAGCACUCAUCUUCUACACUUAUAGCUGAUGCUAAUUUAAUUAAUAACUAUAUCCAUAAACAAUUCACUCCUUGCAGAGUCUCAGAUUAAGUUGAAGUCUCCUCUGAUGUCCUCUGUGUGGCGAAAAAACAUUUUGCUGAUGAGCGUCAUAUUUAUGUAUUCAAUAGUGGCCUUAAAUGGCAUUCCAUAGUUGAGUAUAUUUACAAUCAAAAACAUAAAUAUCAUACUUCCAAAAAUGUAAAUUUCAGUGUGGCAUACAUGCAGCUAAAGGAAACUGUCAGACUGUCGUACUGAACUUAAGAAAAACAUGCUCACAUACCCCUGUUUUAGGCAAACUCCACCCUACGUACAUAACGCUUGCUCGGCAUCUGAAUAGCCGGUACAUCUAUAGUUAGGUCUGAGGUCUGAAUAUCGAACAGUAUUAAAUUCCAUUUGACGUAGCGGUACAAAAAGUGCUUUAAAUAACUCGAGGAUACCUGUAGACACCCUGAUUAAGGCACAUUUAUAUGGACUUAUGCAUAGGUCUAACUACCUGCAGUGUUUCAUUACAGAGCUUUAGUUUAAUUCAUGAGACACUGAAUGUUCGGAGAUGUUUUUCCCCAUUCCAGCAGGAACAAAGUGUUACAGAAGUUAAUGCUAAUAGCUGAAAUAAAACAUUCCAUGGGUUAUCCCGACAUCUGUGUAUAAUAUACAUUCUCACCUUUUAUGGCCCCAACAACUGCUAGGCCCUGGAUGGUAUCCUGAUCUUUCUAGUUUCAGUUUCUGUAGGAUGCCUAUGUAGUGUUUUUCUGUGACUGAGUGUGAGAUUGCUACUCAAUAUAAACCAAGCUGUUUUUUUGUUUUUGUUUUGUUUUUGUCUAGAUUUGCUUUGCCUUCGGACUUCUGAGAUGAUAUACGUGCUUUUUUUUUUUUUUUUUAAAGAAAUUGUUUGAAAUUUUUAACAAAAACACUUCCUAUGAAUCCUGUGUACAAAUAAAUAGCAUGGCAUAGAAACAGUGUAAAGUAAGAAUGUAAGCUUUUAUGAAGACAUAACAUUCAUAACAACAUUGUAAUCACAUAUUUAUAGCAACUGACAUUAUAAGUACUUAUAGUGAUGGGUAAUUAUAUAUAGUAUGUACUUAGUAAUUAAUAGGUAAGAAUGUACUAAGUACGAAUCAUUACUGGUACUUUGUAUAUUGGAUUUUAACGUACUUAGUAACUUGUUAGGAAAAAACGACAACAACAAAAAAAUAAACAGCAGGUUUUGUACAGCAGAACUUUUUUUUUCAGAUUUCAGUAGUUAAUAUCAACAUCUUCUAAUAAAAUCAGAUUCGAGAAAUUAACAGCACUGUGGUGUAAACUGUGUUAAAAGUUAUUUACGGGAACGUUCAUGUUAAGCAUUGACGUUGUUUCCAAAUACAAAUUUUAGUAUAAAGUAUCAAAGGUGUAACCAUGGUAUGGACAUUGGGGGGGGUCAAAAACUGGAACUGACGUUAGCCUAGCCUACUUCGUGGGUGUGCAAAUAUCAAAAGUUAAUUGACGUUCUUAAGAACAAACCAAGUCAUGGUAUGAAGCCUUCUAUACUAAGUUAAGGUUACCUACUACUUAGGUAUUUAGUUACUUUCUAUCUGAAAAAAAGCUUGUAUGUUCUGCUGCACUUUUCUACGCUUGGCUGCGGUCUCCAUUUCUUACAGACCGAGCUGCUAAAAUAUAUCAACGAUCUUGCGUUGAGUAUGGGCGCAACCAAGCGUACAAUUGGAGAGGGGGCACACACCUAUUUUCCUUACCAAACGGAAGUAUAUUCAAAAGGAAUAGACAUAAAUAAAUAGAAUAGAUGAAGAAAAGACAGAUCCGUUGGCAGAGUUCAUUAAAUGGGGACAUAUAGAAAGUAUUUUGUACUGUAUAUUGGGGGGACAGAUUGGUAUUUCCUGAACAUUUGGGGGGACACGACCCCCCAAAGAAUGCGUGGUUACGCCCUUGUAAAGUUUUAUUACUGCAUAAUACUGUACAUGAUUCUUUUUCCCCCCAUGAAUUAUUUCACAUAUUCUUACAUAUUUAGCUAUUAGUAAAAUCACAUUUUUACACAUUAAGGUCUGUGUAAUUAUAGCGCUGUACGUUCUGCUGUACACAUCUAAUAGUUCUCUCAUCGGUUACCAGAUUUGAUUUGUAAUUCCUGUACUUUUACCUAUUAAACAUGAGACAGUUACCGUACUGUAGGUUAUAGUGCUGCAGUAAAGCCUUAAAAAAGACAUGUUACAUAAAAUACAACAAAAUCUUAACUUCAUCACCUUCAUUCAUUUGUACAAACGUCUUUUGAGAUCAAAAUGUAAGCACUGCAGUGUCUUCAAAUCCUUAAUUUGAUCAUAAGCUGCUCAAACAAGGUACUUUUUAAAAUGUUUUUUUUAUAACACAAUAUGGACUAUGUAACUAUAAGUACUUAUGAUGACCCACUGGCUCAUACCUUUCAUUAGACAGCAUUACGCUUGCCAUAUAACACAUCAUAAUCGCAUUGUUUUUUGCAUCCAGGAUUCAUAGGAUGUGCCAAUACUUUUGAUUACACACUGAAAAUAGCUUUGUGUUUGAAAUUUCCUCGUGGCUCACGCUUGCAUCUCUGCAACAUUAUUGUUUGCUGUACUGCAUGUCAUAUAAAAGUUGCCUAUGAACAUGAAUAUGCAUAGAUCUGUAACAGGCACAUGAUUCAACCGAGACUACAGAAGUAUAUUUUAGAUGCUUUAAACUAAGUGUAUUUAUUUUGUUUAGUUGGGGUUUUGGGAGGUGAUAUUCAUUAAUGAGGAUUAAGUAUGUAUUAAGUAGAAUUAUUCACUGCUAGUUGCAUAUUUUGUCUACUUGUACAGAGGGAGAUUAGCGAUGAUGUCAUCCUGUGUGUCGGCAUAGAAAUGAUAAAGAAGUGAGAUUUUAUUUAUUGCUAUGGAUUUGUGGAAGGAACAGCUUUUUGUGAAGUUUGCACAGCUGAGUUUUCUGGAAUGGGAAUAAAAUUGAUCAGAUAUCA